UCACAGGGAUGUACUCCAGGAUCUUUUGGACGUCGGACUCGAAGCCUAUGUCGAUCAUCCGAUCCGCUUCGUCCAGGAACACGAGGAACGGCGCAGGUCGGCAGAAUCCUCUCACCGGGACCGGGAGCCGCCCAGCAGCAGACAGGAAGUGCGACGUUACGGGGGGAGGGGGAGGGGGAGGCGCAGAGGAGUGCGCUAUCAGCCGCUGAAAGCUGCGCAGAGGAGCGGAGUGUGCGGCCGCUGAUAGAGGGGAGACACACGGUGGAGGGGGUGAGGAGGGGCGAGGACGGGACCGAGACUCUUGUCGGUGAUGCAGAUGGGUGCGACCUCCCCCAGCUGAGCCUCCGCCGGUGGCCGUCGCACCAGCCGCCUUCCUUUGAUCUGAUCUGAGUUGGAGAGCUCGCGCCCUGCGGAUGCCUUUCAUCUCUGGCACCAUGCUCCACCGUAACCUGAGAACAGGUGGCUACGACCUGCCGGGGGUGGAGUCCAGCAAUGUUCCCCUCGUCGGAUACAGACCCUUAUCACCUGACAAAGGAGCCCCCAUCGGUCAGUCGGGGAGGAGGGGGGUCAGCGAUAAUCUGGAAACAUCCCAGGCAGAGCCCUCACCGAUGAAGACUACCUGGUACUGUCCUCUGGACCUGUCCACGGUGGUGGAGGAGGAGGAGGAUGGAGUCAUCUACACGGUGGUGGUCAAACAGCAUAACGUUGCUCCCAACAGUUCCAUGUCCACCGUGACUCGAUCUCAGUGUGUGAAAGCGGGGACAGAGGAGAAGCUGGUGCUCCACCUCCUGCACUCCUUCUCUAUGGGGGACUCCUCCUUCAUCUCCAUCUUCCUGUCCACCUACCGAUCCUUCACCUCCACUGAGAGAGUGCUGGACAUCCUGAUUGACAGAUUAGAGAACCCGCCUGGGGACAGUGAAAAAAGCCAGAUGAGACAAUCCUUCAAUAAAGCAGUGUGCUCCGUCUUCAGCACCUGGCUGUCGGAGUACCCCGAGGACUUCGGGGGUCUCAGGGAGCCGAGCCGCCUGCUGCGUUUGGCCCCCCUCCUCCCUCAGGACUCCACGUCUGCAGCAGACCUCCGCGCUCGACUCCUCAGGACGGCGGAGGAGCUGAGUGAGAAAGCUCUGCUCCCCGACGCACACAGAGAUCAGAGCAGUUUUUCCAGCCCCCCUCCUGAUCCCUCCAAGUUUGAACCCACCAACAUCCUGGGGUUUUCUGCAUCUGUGGUGGCAGAGCAGCUCACAAAGAUAGAAACAGAGCUGUUUGUCCGCCUGGUCCCGUACCACUGCCUGGGCUCGCUGUGGUCCCAGCGGGACAAGAAGGGCAGGGAAGGCGUGUGCUGGUCGGUCCGAGCCACCGUACGGCAGUUUAACAGGCUGGCCAACGCCGUGCUGGCGUCGUGCCUGUGGCCCACGAAGCUGCGCAGCCAGCAGAGAGCGCGGCUGCUGGAGAAAUGGAUCAGCGUGGCCGAGGAGUGCCGAGCCAGAAAGAACUUCUCGUCUCUGUAUUCCAUCGUGUCGGCGCUGCAGAGUAACCCCAUCCACAGGCUGAGGAGGACGUGGCAGGAAACGGACAGGGAGGCCCUGAGGAGGUACGAGGAGCUGGCGGAGAUCUUCUCAGACAAGGACAACUACUCUCAGAGCCGAGAGCUGCUGAAGGAGGAGGGCACUUCAAAGUUUGCCAACCUCGACCACCGGCUCAACAACAAACAUUCCAACAGGGCCAACGCUCAGGGCACCGUGCCCUACCUGGGAAUCUUCCUCACAGACCUCACCAUGCUGGACACGGCCGUCAAAGACCGGCUGGAUAACGGCUACAUCAACUUUGACAAAAGGAGAAGG